UUCGGCCUUCAAAGAAUGGUCCGGCCACUCGAGAGGAGUGCUUGGAGUUAGGGAUGGCCGGCGGGCCGGCGGCCACCACCCUUCAUAGGGUGGAUCUGCCAUCAGCCUGUCCGAGAAAAAGAGAAACCACAGAGGCCGAGAGAGAGGAUGGGGGGGUCACGUAGAAAGUACAAGAAGUUGAAGCCGAAGGUGCGGGUGGGACUACCGAAAAGAAAACCUAACGUAUUCAAGCCGGCAUUCUCUCUUCCUCCGAAGCUCAGCUCCUUGCUUCCGCAAGACCUCAAGUGGGACGACAAGGCCAGCGUCAUCCAUAACUACAAGUCUUUCGGCGUCCUUUCCAACCCUAACAUGCUUGGCGUCCGAUCCCGCACCUCUCACAUCAUCGAAAGCGACUCUCUCCAGGUCCCUCAGACGUCCGAUGGACCUGAAACUGCCUCCUCGGAGCUCGAUCCGAUCGAUUCCGGUAGCGACCUCGAGGAGGACGAUUUGAAAACAGCACUGGGAAAGCAGCGAAGAGAUGGGGAAUCCGCACCUCCACAACCAUUGACAUCAAUGCAGCGUCUUCAUAUAGGUCGGCUGAUUGAGAAAUAUGGAGACGAUUACGAGAGGAUGUUCAUGGAUACAAAGCUAAAUGCCAUGCAGCAUUCAGUUGCAACUCUGGAGAAACUUUGCAAAAGGUAUCACAUGCAUAAAGAUAGGAAUCCAUUGAUAGUUUCUAGUUGAGAAUGGCUUUGUUUGGUGCCGGGAUGCCUUUUGAUCCCUUGGAACUACAGUACUUUGUUUGGAAUCUCAAUUUGUUGUAUGCUGAUUUAUGCAAGUCUAUUGUUACUUAAAAAUUAAAGGAACUUAGCUCAAGGGUAGAUGAUUAUCAGUCUCUCUGUUCGCACCCUGUGUGUGGAUGAUGAUGGGCCUUUCGAAUC